AUGGCUGCUCCCUUUGGCUCUCCUGUCCCCUACGCUGAGCCGCAGUGGUAUUCCCGCGACUGCUCGCCUUACCACAAUGAGUCUCACAGGAAGCUGCGCGCGUUCGUCCGAGACUACGUCGAGAUGGAGCUGAUGCCCUAUGCCCACGAGUGGGAAGAGCAGGGCUUCGUUCCAGAUGAAACCGUCAGGAGGUUUGCGAAGAAUGGCUUCUACAUCAUAGACAGGUCUAAGCCUGAGUACAUGGGUGGCAUCAGCCUGCCCGCUGGUAUUGCACCGGGAGAAUGGGACGUCUUCCACACCCUCAUCGUGGCUGAUGAGCUGAACAGAGUCGGAUACAGCGGGCCUGUCUGGGGUCUAAACGGGGGCAAUAGCAUCGGAUGUCCCCCUAUCAUGAACUUUGGAACCGAGCAGCAGAAGCUGGAAUAUCUUCCCAGAGUUGCUCGUGGGGAGAUACGAUUCUGUCUAGGGGUCACCGAGCCAGACGCCGGAUCCGACGUCUCUGGGAUCAAGACCGUGGCUAAGAAGGUCGGCAGCCACUACAUUGUCAACGGAGCAAAGAAAUGGAUCACCAACGGGAUCUGGGCGGACUACUGCACUGCAGCCGUCAGGACCGGCGGACCAGGCCAUGGCGGUAUAUCCUUUCUCAUCAUCCCCCUAGCCGCAGAGGGAGUCACCAGGCGGCGGAUGUUCAACUCUGGCGUCCACGCAAGUGGCUCUACUUUCUUGGAAUUCGACGAUGUGGAGGUACCUGUCGAGAAUCUAAUCGGCAAGGAAAACGAAGGGUUCAAGUAUAUCAUGUCAAACUUCAACCCAGAACGGCUCAGCCUGGCCAGUGCCUGCAUCAGACUCUCUCGCGUAUGCGUAGAAGAUGCCUUUAAAUACUCUACCAUCCGAGAGACGUUUGGCAAACCCCUACUAGCUAACCAGGUCAUCAGGGCAAAAAUCAGCAAGAUGGGCCAGCUCAUCGAGCCCUGUCAGGCAUUCAUGGACCAGCUAGCAUAUACCAUCAAGACCUCCGAGCAGACGGGGCGGAAAACCGAUAUUGGAGGGAUGACUGCCCUGCUCAAGGUCAUGAGCACACGCUGCUUGGAGAAGGUGUGUAGGGAAGCCCAGCAGAUUAUGGGCGGAGCAGGGUAUAACAAGGCCGGCAAGGGGUCAAGGAUCGAAGCCAUCAGUCGUGAUGUUCGGGUAUAUGUCGUUGGCGGAGGAAGCGAGGAGAUACUGCGGGAUCUUUCUGUGCGAGAGGAGCUGAAACACAUGCGUAAGGUCAUGGAGGCUCAGAAGAGAGCUAAGAUGUAA